GUCUUUUUCUCGCUCUAUAUUCCUCUUUUUCUCUUUCUUUGAUUGGAAAUUGAACUAACCCCAUUAAUUCACUGACAUUUCAUCAGGAAAAAAAAAAAAAAAAACCGUAAAUCUUCUGCAAAAUUGGGAGAUGGGGGGAUCAUCUAAUGCUGCAAGUUUCCUUAAGGUGUUGGUCUACAAUUUUGACGUUCUUGCCGGGCCUGUAGUUAGUCUGGUUUAUCCUCUAUAUGCCUCAAUUAAGGCAAUUGAGACGAAAUCGCCCAUUGAUGAUCAACAAUGGCUUACUUAUUGGGUUCUCUAUUCCAUGAUUACACUUUUUGAGCUCACAUUUUCUAAGCUCAUUGAGUGGCUCCCUUUCUGGUCAUAUGCAAAGCUGAUAUUCACCUGCUGGUUGGUCAUACCAUACUUCAGUGGUGCUGCAUUUGUUUACGAGCACUAUGUUAGGCCAUAUCUUGUUACCCGACAAAAAAGUGUCAACAUCUGGUAUGUCCCACGGAAAAAGGAUGUCUUCAGCAAGCAAGAUGACAUUCUAACUGCAGCAGAGAAAUACAUUCAAGAGAAUGGAACUGAAGCAUUUGAGAAGCUUAUUCACAAGGAAAGAGAAACGACAUCCAGGGCUAGCAGCUACUCAUUUUAUGACGAUGAAUACAGAUACUGAGAGUUGCGUAUAUGGAUACUGAGAAUCGUAGUGUGUUAUGGUCUUUGUUGGUCUGCUUUUGUAAACAGGGUCUUCAAUUUGGUGUUUUACUGUUUCCUCAAAGUUUGACGGUGUGUUUCAAACUGCUGGUGUUCUUAUGUUAAUUAUAGUAUGUACCUUGUUUAAUAUUCUAAGGUCCUCAGAAAUAACUAUGUAACUUGAUCUCUCAUCAAUUCAGUUCUACUUGGAAGUCAUUCA